AUGUCCUGCAUCACAUUGGCAAAUAUGCGGAAAGGUGUUUUGCUGCACAAAUUGAUUUUGCUCGAGCUCGUCCUCGGGUAUUGGCAAGGCUUCUUUAUCCUGUUCAACCCACCUGUGUACGCCUGGUGGCUCUCUGUAGCCGCCAUUCCGCUCAAUAUCUCCUGGUGGUUGCAUAAUGUCAUCGCCUGGAUGAAGUUAAAGCCUUUCCUCAACAAGACAGUCAGUCGGCUUUUUAUCGGAACCGUAAUCUUGGUGAUACCGUAUUGGAUCGUCGAGAUAUAUGCCAACUUCACCUACUUUCACAACGUCAACAAGGUCUUCUUGAAGACACGACCAUGGGAAGCGCUGUGCCGAGAUCCUUGGUGGAUAUUGGCAGCCUGCCUCCUGAUAUACAACAUCAAGACCAAGUACGACUUGACACUGACGCAAAUUGUUCGCAUCUCUCCUCGUUUUGCCGUCAUGCUUGGUGCCAUGGUGCUCAGUAUAUGCUUUAUUAUCCUGGACGUCCUGUCGGUUACCUCGGCCCUCAAGUCUGUGUUACCGGUGGGCAUCAACCCAUUCUGGAAGCUGUCCUUUGUCUUCAAGUGCUUGACCGACUCGGUUGUCUUGGACGAUUUCAAAACAGCUCUAGAUCGAUUGAGGGCAUUCAAAAUGAGCCGGCUUGGCAGCUUCGCUAUGGAUGCGGCAGACUAUCGUAACAAAAAGCACACGGAGGACGUGAAUACCGCCAACAAUUGGAGCACUCCGCCUCCUCCACCAACCGGGGAUAAAGCCCAACCGAUCGCCCCUCUACCAAUAUUACCUAGCCCUGAUAGCGACUAUAUCAAGCCUCGCUGGGAGGAGCUGAAACAUGGGCGCUCUGCCCAUUUGGAAAACCGAGACUCGACAGAGAUUGCUCGAAACGGCUCGAGAGAUCGCGACCCAGAGGAGAAUCCCUUUGACGCGAUAGACUAUGCCGAUCCUCAACGAGAGUCCAGUGACACUCAAAUGCUCAAGGCGAAUUCCAGUUGGCUGCAACGGCGGUCCUCUGAAGAAACCUCUGACGCCGAUAUAGAAUAUGCCAUGGCGGUCCGGUCGAUGACCAAUGAUUCCAUGGAACAACAACGCAAUCGAAGCAAAUCAAUAGGUAUUGCCAAGUGA